CACUGAGCUACCCAGCUAGGCCCCUCUGCCCUGACCUGGGCUGUUAAACCCUGAGAUGGAACCAAGACAGAGAGGUGGUUGCAUCAGGCCUGGUCAUCUCCAAAGUAAUACCAGUCUGUCGUCUGCCCCAACGCUGUUUAUGGGAGCUGGCAGCGCUGGGCUUCCUUGGGGGAUUUGCCUCUUUCUAAAAAUGUCCCUAAGGAGAGAAGAAAUAGGACAGAGGGGGUAUUUUUUAGUCCAAGAUUAGAACUGGUGCAUUCUUGCCGCUGUAGGCUGGGCAGCCCCACCAGCCCCCGCCCUGUCAAAAUCACAUCCAACGAAGGGUCGGUCAGUGGGAACCUCCCCUCCGUGUUGCAGCAGGGAAAUCGGGAGUACUGUUUCGCAAUGGGGUGGAAUUCCUUGGAAGUGAACCCACGCUAGAGGUCGAAGUUGCACGCUCAGACCGACGGGUAUUGCUACGCAGCUUGGGACCACCACCCUGACGUUCUGUUAGGUCCCCAACUUUCCAUACAGGCUUCGGUGAACCUGGUGGCGUGCACCUGCAUGGAAUGGAAUCUGUGAGGAAGGUGGGCAGGGAAUAUCCUAGGCAUAAGAGCCAGUGUCAAGGAAGGCUUUAGUGGUUGGACUCCCACAUGAAGGGAAGGACCCAGAAAGGCAAUGACGUUGAGGAUUAGAACCCUGGUCUCUGCCCCUCCCAGAGGACUCGACUCCACCGCGUCUUCGCAGCCGCACCCCGGGUCGGGGGAGAAAGACUCUCCCCGCCUCUGGGGGCGGGGCCAGAGAUGCCGCCCACCUGAGGCUUCUAGAACGUUGAGGGGGUUCCAGGUGGGGAGCUAAGAAGGGAGGGGCCCCGAGGAAUACCGAUUGGCGCGCGGGGCGCCGGGGAUGGUAAAGGGAGGGGUGGCCAUCCUGGGGAGCGAGAGUCCCGCGCUCCCCGUUUCCCGCGCCGCGCGCCAUGCAGGCCAGCGGAGCGGGUCUCCCGCUCGCCUCUCUCUACGUGGGCGACCUGCAUCCAGACGUGACCGAGGCCAUGCUCUACGAGAAGUUCUCGCCCGCGGGUCCCAUCCUGUCCAUCCGCGUGUGCCGCGACGUGAUCACCCGCCGCUCGCUGGGCUAUGCCUACAUCAACUUCCAGCAGCCGGCCGACGCCGAGCGGGCACUGGACACAAUGAACUUCGAGGUGAUCAAAGGCCAGCCCAUCCGCAUCAUGUGGUCCCAGCGAGACCCCGGGCUUCGCAAGUCAGGCGUGGGCAACGUCUUUAUCAAGAACCUGGAGGAGUCCAUUGACAACAAGGCCCUGUAUGACACCUUCUCCGCCUUUGGGAACAUCCUCUCUUGCAAGGUGGUGUGUGACAGUCACGGCUCCCGAGGCUUUGGCUUUGUCCAUUUCGAGACCUACGAGGCCGCGCAGAAGGCCAUCCGCACCAUGAAUGGGAUGCUGCUGAAUGACCGCAAAGUCUUCGUCGGCCACUUCAAGUCCCGACGGGAGCGGGAGGCUGAGCUGGGGGCGGGGGCCGCGGAGUUCACCAACGUCUACGUGAAGAACCUCCAAGUGGACGUGGAUGAGCAGGGCCUGGGGCAGCUCUUCUCCCCGUUUGGGAAGAUGCUGAGCGUGAAGGUGAUGAGGGAUGACAGCGGCUGCUCCCGAGGCUUUGGCUUUGUCAACUUUGAGAAGCAUGAGGAAGCCCAGAAGGCUGUGACAGACAUGAACGGGAAGGAGGUGAGCGGGCGGCUGCUCUUCGUGAGCCGGGCCCAGAAGCGGGCAGAGCGGCAGAACGAGCUUAAGCAAAGGUUCGAGCAGAUGAAGCAGGACCGGCUGAACCGUUACCAGGGCGUGAACCUGUAUGUGAAGAACCUGGAUGACUCCAUCGAUAAUGAGAAACUGAGGAAAGAGUUCUCUCCCUACGGAGUGAUCACCAGUGCCAAGGUGAUGACAGAGGGUGGCCACAGCAAAGGGUUUGGCUUUGUGUGUUUUUCCUCUCCAGAAGAGGCAACAAAGGCCGUGACCGAGAUGAACGGGCGCAUCCUCGGCACCAAGCCGCUGUACGUGGCACUGGCCCAGCGCAAAGAGGAGCGGAAGGCUGUCUUGACCAACCGGUGCAUGCAGCAGCGCCUGUGCGCGCAGGCCCUGGGCGGGCCCGUCCUGGGCUCCUUCCAGCAGCCCGCCAGCUACUUCCUGCCCACCGUGCCCCAGCCUCCAGCCCAGGCUGUGUACUAUGGCUCUGGCCCCCCUGUCCAGCCUGCCCCCCCUGUCCAGCCUGCCCCCAGGUGGAUGGCCCAGCCUCCUAGAUCCUCCCCCACCUACCCUCCAGCCACCUCAAUGGGCCAGCCAUCAGCCACCUCUCCGCGCCCCCCGGCCCCCAUCAGCAGUGUCAGGAAGGGCCCCCCCCAGAUGCCACACCAGGUGGCCCUCACCCAAAGAGUGGCCAACAUCGGUACCCAGACCACCGGGCCCGGCGAGGCAGGAUGCUCUACACCAAGGAGGCCUCUCCCGACACACAGAUGCUCCAGCACCUAUGGGGUCCCGGAGCCUGCUGCAGGCCUCCCCGGACGGGAGCCCCUGACCGCGUCCAUGCCAGCCGCCACACCACUCCGCAAACAAAAGCAGAUGAUUGGUGAGCAUCUCCACCCACUUAUCUACGAUGUCCACACCCAGCUGGCUGGCAAGAUCACGGGCAUGCUGCUGGAGACCGACAACUCGGAGCUGCUGCUCAUGCUGGAGUCCCCGGAGCCCCUCAGUGCCAAGGUGGAAGAGGCGAUGGCGGUGUUGCAGGCUCUCCAGGCCAUCGAGUGGAUGAAAGUGAACGUGACUGAAACCAGGUGGGUGGCUGAGGGUGUGCGGACAGGCGAGAGUAGCAGCCGAGCCCAGAAACAGCAAAGAAUGGGACAGGGACUUCCCCCAAGUCCCCAAGAGCCAGGUCAUGUCACUGCUUUCUCUGAGGUCCCAGGAACAAAAUUGGGGGAAGCAUGCAACUGGAAUGGGUGUUAACCAUCAAGUACAGGGAAGGCGUUCUCUGCCAGCUGCCCGGCUGGGCCUCCCUGGGGCCCCACCACUCCGUGCUGCCUGCCCGAAGGCGUGGCUUGGCCCCUCUCUGUUCCUAGCCGAAGACCAGGAGUCUGCCAUCCGUCAGAAAACACUGAUUUUACCCUUUCAUCCCCAGAAAACGGAACCCUUACUCCCUUGGCUGACAAGACAACGGCGUUUUCUACUCCUGGCUCUGUGAUCUGGAACUUAAUUCCCAGUGGGGCUGCGUCUGUACCUGAGCUCUGUGUGUGUGUGUGGCGUGAAGGUUGGUCACCUGGCCAGCCAUCACCUUCUUUGCUUUGUGCAUUAAAGUGCUGCAAACUGCGGUUUGUCUCCCAGGAGCCUUGUGUGAGGGAGGUGGGGUGAGCGGAGGGCAGGCUUGGCUGGGUCGGGGCUUCGGCCGCAGGGAACAGAACGCCACCACACGCAGGCCACAGAGAGUGCAGACCACAGCAGCACCGCCGGUG